GAAACAUUUGGGCCUCUACAAAAUGUGCUGUCAGCCCAUGUUGAGCACAAGAGUAAGGACUCAGCAGCAACAGCAUCAUCAUAAGUAAAAUAUACACGAGGAGUUUCUUUGCUUGGAACCAAAUGCCAAGAACACAUAAGAAGUUGUAACUUCACUGCAGACACUUACAAACAAUGCUGUGUGUGGGAGAUUCCAGCGACUGCUUCCAGAACCGCGCGCAGCACAUGAUGCGUUCCCUGCAGGACCCGAAGCAGGCGGGCCGGCCGAGGCCGCUCAGCGAGCCGUGCGAGCGCUCCUUCGCCGUGACCCGCUUGUGCAAACAGAGGGCCCAGCAGGAGCGCCUUUCCAACCAGCGCGUGUCCCAAGUCAGCGAGGCCAGCACUUACGACUCCGCCUGCUGUUUGGCCAACCCGCUGGAGGAAGAAGAAGAAGAAGAAGAACCCAACGGGCGCUUGGCUCAAGGCUCACCCAACAGCGAAAACAGCUUGGACUUGGACUCCGGUUACUCGGAGGCUUCCUGGCACGAUGAAGGUGUUGUUCUGAGAAGGACAAGAAACGUGCGCGUUUCCGCUUCUGCUUGCCUCCGGACAAACACGGGACAUUCGGGUCGGAUCCGACCCAAAUCCACCUCGGACGCUUGCUUAGAGCGCUGGACCUCCUUUGAGUCCAGUGACCCAGAGGACUGGACUACAGCUUUGCUGAGUAGAAGCAGGAACAGACAGCCUCUGGUUCUGGGGGACAACAGCUUUGCGGACUUAAUUAAAAACUGGAUGGACCUCCCAGAGUGUCCAGAACCAGCAGAACUCAAGCCAAGUGCUGGACGGCGCCUCGCCAAGGACAUUCUAGUCAACAUGAAGCGACGACUGGCUGGGAUCUCCAAAGGUGUGGAGAUGAGACAGAAAUCAACAGAGUCCGCUCAAGGGAGCAGGACUGCCGAGGCCCCCAAAAGGUUGUCCUGCCCUGUGGGACUCCAGUCGCUCAAACCUUUCUUCCACCGGUCCCACACGGGCCUACAUGCACUCGACUCAGACUUCCACCACUUCAGUGCACUCAUGAAGACGGGCAGCCGACAGCCCAUAAUAUGCAACGACAUCAUCGGGUACAUCUGACAGUAUAAGAUGGAUUUUCCGCCAACCCUAAUAAACCCUUAUACCUAAUUGCACUCAGUUUGUAAAAAGCUGUAAACUGUUUCUUAAUCCUUUCUAUGACUUUUGUUUUUACCCUGGGCAAGCAAUAAAAUACUUUCCAUAUAAAAGAA